AUAAAAUUCGCAAAGAAGCAUCAUUUUGGAAAAUGGUUCUUCAAAGGUUAUUCGAGUUCUUUGGCUUUGAGAGGACAUCAAGAAGACUGAAGUCAGGAAGGAUACCACGGAAAUUGUCUGUCCUUUGUAGAGCUUGUCGCCGGAUAUGAUCACAUUUUGCGGCAAGUUUUGGAUAUGCCCAAAGGAUCUACAAGAUAUCUGAGUGCAACAAUUCAAAAUGAAAUGAUUGAGAGCUUGGGGACCAAACUCGCAACCCAUCUACUAGAACAAAUUAGAGCGUCACCGUUUUUUGCCAUCAUAAUGGAUACGACACAGGACAUAUCGAAGGUAGAUCAGCUAAGCAUUUUUGUGAGGUAUGCAGUAAUAACCAGAUCGGAAAAUGGACAGCCAAUUUAUAUAGAAGUAAAGGAAGUGUUUCUAGGCUUUUAUGCAGCUAUCAAACAUGGCGCAGUAGAUUUAGUCAACCAAAUGACAACAUUAUUUAUCGACAAAAAUAUUGAUUUAAAAAAGAAUGUGGGGCAAGGCUAUGAUGGAGCCAGUGUAAUUAGUGGUGUGUAUAAUGUUGUACAAAAACAUAUUAAGGAUAUCCAGCCUAACGCAGACAUCAAACGUUGGGUUCUACUGUCCAAAUUCACUGGCGAAUCGGACACCAUUCUAAAAAACUAAAUCCGCCUAGAUGGUCCAGUAGGGUCAAUACGAUAUCUGCAAUAAAACUUCGUUAUUUUGAUAUUAUCAAAGCAUUAUCAGAAAUAGUUCUAUAGAGUCCUAAUGAAGAUGAGCGUAGUGAAGCAGAGAUUAUUAAAACAAAAAUGCUAAAUUUCGAGCUUGUGUUGCUUUGCGAAUUCAUGCACUGUAUAUUGAACGACAUCAAUUAUGCAUCCAAAACUUUACAAAAAUGCGACAUCAAUUUGGGCGAACCGAGUAAAGUUUUAGCAGAGACCAAAGCAAAGUUGCAAAUUUAUAAAAUUAUUUCGAAUUAUUCAAGUUCAAAGCCAGUAAAACUGCAAGAAAAUAUGGUAUUGAUACCCAUUUUCAAGAAAAAAGGCAAAGAAAAGUUAAAAAACAUUUUGAUGAAUUCGCUGCUGAUCACCGAUUUCCAAACCGAGAAAAAAUAUUUAAAAUUAAGAUUUUCAAUAAUGUACUAGAUACAGUAAUAUCUCAAUUAGAUGCACGUUUUAUUGGUAUGAGUGCAGUCUGUCAUAUAUUCGAUUUUCUAAC